UACAAUUCCUGGAAGGUCGAGCGUCCCCCCUCCUCACUCCUCUGUUAAAUAAAGAGAUCGGCACAGAUCAAGCAGCACAGUAUUGCCCAGCUUCGCCGACCCACUUUCUAUUUUCAACGUACUGCACCGGCUGCUCCUCGAACUGCAGUCCUAAAGCAGGAACUUAGAGGCUGUAUUUCGUUCGUUUUUUAAUUAUGUAUAUAUUUAUUUAUUGCGGACGAUAACCCAGGAUAGCUGUCGACUUUCGAUUUGUUCUUUUUUGGGAUAUUGUUUUUGUCGUCUGAAGAGCAAGACUUACUCAGCGCGACCUACCUCGCCGAAUUUGGACAUGAUUCUGUGCGUCCAGGGUCCAAGACCGCUGCUACCUCAGCCAGCUGCAGACAUCCUGCCCUUGCCAGCCAUCGCCGCCGAGGUGCUGGGACACCCGGAGAGACGGGAGAGCAGCACAACACGGCCGGAUAGCCACAGCGCCUUCUUGAUGCACCAGCUCCCCUCUCCCUGUCUGAAGGGGAGUCCGGAGGUUAGAGAUCCUGGGAAGGACUUGCGCUGCAUUAAAAAGACCCUCAACUAUCUCGAUAUCUCAGGAUGGUAUUGGGGUGCCAUUACAGCCACCGAAGCCAAGGCAGAGCUGCAGCAGGCAGAGGAGGGCACUUUCCUGGUGAGGGACAGCAGUCAUCCCAUGUACAUGCUAACUCUGUCUGUGAAGACCAACCGAGGGCCAACGAACGUGCGCAUUGAGUACAGCCAUGGCCUAUACCGCCUGGACUCCAGCUGCCUGGCAAAGCCCCGCAUCCUUGCAUUCCCCGAUGUCCUCAGUCUUAUCCAGCACUACGUGGGCUCGUGCCGCAGCGGAGGCCAGCCAGAGGCUGUGCCAGAGGCCCAGGUGGCGCCCUCUCUGCAGAAGGACAGUGCCGUGUUACUAAAGCUUGUGCGGCCGCUGCACCGCCGGGACGCCUUCCCUUCCCUCCAGCAUCUCACGCGACUUACCAUCAAUCGACUGGGUGCCAAUCCCAGCCAGCUGCCCCUGCCCAGGCGGCUGCAGGAAUACCUUCAAGAGUACCCCUUUCCACUCUGAGAAACAGGCUGGCCGUGCUGGCAGAAACAAGAAGAGGCUCACGGCUAGCAGGAUCGCCCAGAGGGGUACACUCUUGCUGGGUCCACGUGAGGGACCAUCCAGACGGCCUUUCCCCGUGUGUCAGCAGCCACAGCCCGGCUGAGAAGACGGGCCUCCGAGGUUGGCGGCUGCACCGAAGUCUCGGCCAGUCUGGCAAUGAGAGCAGCUUUAGGGCAAAGCAAAAGACAAUUAGGACACAAAGGACGCUUUGUCUUCACGUUGUUGGUGUUUGCCUGUAAAUAUGUACAAAUGCAGAACUUUUUUUUAAAUUUAUUGAAAUACAAAACAAAGUGAAAGUUC